CAACGUCAACUGCGAAAUGCGAGAGCGAUAAAUGGAGGUGUCUCAUUUACAAAUCGCUUUAAUUUUGCAAAUUUCGGAUACGAAACCAACAAAUUAACCACCCAAAACAUGGGUGCUAAUAUUUCACAAUUAGAGCGAGAUAUCGGCUCCGAGCAAUUUCCCUCCAACGAGCAUUACUUUGGUUUAGUCAACUUCGGAAAUACCUGCUACAGCAAUUCCGUUUUACAAGCCCUUUACUUCUGCAGGCCGUUCAGGGAAAGAGUGCUCGAGUAUAAGGUGAAAAACAAACGUACGAAAGAGACUCUAUUAACCUGCCUGGCGGAUUUGUUCCACAGCAUAGCCACUCAGAAGAAAAAAGUCGGUUCGAUAGCCCCCAAGAAAUUCAUAGCCCGAUUACGAAAGGAAAAAGAGGAGUUUGAUAAUUACAUGCAACAGGACGCCCACGAGUUCCUCAACUUCCUCAUUAAUCACAUUAGCGAAAUUAUACUGGCUGAAAGACAACAAAAUAGUACAACAAACAACGUGAAAUCGAAAUCUUCAGGCGAAAACGGCACGGCUCAUUGCCCGAGCGAACCAUCGUGGGUACACGAGAUAUUCCAGGGCAUCCUGACGAGCGAGACCAGAUGCCUGAACUGCGAAACGGUGAGCACCAAGGACGAGGACUUCUUCGAUCUGCAGGUGGACAUCGAGCAGAACACGAGCAUCACGCACUGCCUGCGCAGCUUCAGCAACACGGAGACGUUGUGCAGCGACAACAAGUUCAAGUGCGACCAGUGCAGCAGCUACCAGGAGGCGCAGAAGCGGAUGCGCGUGAAGAAGCUGCCUGCCAUAUUGGCCUUGCACUUGAAGCGGUUCAAGUACGUCGAGCAGUAUAACAGGCACAUUAAGGUGUCGCAUAGAGUGGUGUUUCCGUUGGAGUUACGGUUGUUUAAUACGUCUGACGAUGCAUUGAAUCCCGAUAGGCUGUACGAUUUAGUGGCUGUUGUGAUACAUUGCGGAAGCGGUCCCAAUCGAGGGCAUUACAUAAGUAUAGUGAAAAGCCAUGGGUUUUGGUUAUUAUUCGAUGAUGAUCAGGUCGAUAAAAUCGACGCGUCUACUAUAGAAGAUUUUUACGGUCUGACGGCCGAUACGCAGAAGUCCUCCGAAACGGGAUAUAUAUUGUUCUACCAAAGCAGAGAAAGUUUAUGAACUCUUUUAUGAACUGUAUUUAGCGUCUCUUAAUCGGAAUUGUAUGUUUACACACAGUUUCGGAUGUACAAACGGCCGUGUUUCACUUCCUAUUUGGAUUCCUCUGCGUUGAGUAAUUUUUUUUCUCUUCGAUUCUAUAUUUUUGAAAAUUUGUUAGAACAGAAAUUAUUUAACGUAGUUAGAUGUGCGUUUCUCUUUCGGAAGAUGAUAAAAAAAGAUGAUUCUUUGUUUUUACGAUGAUUAGAAGGAGAAAUAUUACGAAUGUGAUGGCGUGAAGAUGAUGGGAAUCUUUUUCGUUUUUCGUAAUUUUAUUCUUGCAGCUUUAAAAAUACGGGAUCGGAAUGUUUGAAAAAAAAUUUACAAUCCAAACUAGUCUUUUUAAUGUAAAAAAUGAAUAUGUAAAUAGAGAAAAAGCGAAAGAACUUUAGAUAUUUCUGAACAAGAAAUGUAAAACAAACGAAUUUUUAUGAAUAAUCGCAAAAAAUAAGACGAAAUUUUCGGUAAUUUUUUUUUGUGGACGUACCGAAGAAAAACAAGCUCUCGGAGAAGUUGUAAAUAGACGAUAAAUAAUAGAUAAUAAUCCGGGAAAUUAUUUAUUACUUUUUUGUUUUUUUUAUUGUAUUUAUUACUUUUUAUAAUUGUUAAAAUUUGCGUUAAUGUCGAAAAUUGUAUGUAGAACUUGUUGAAAUUUUAUAAAAUUAGUACAAUUUUAUGCGGGUUAUAACGUGUACUUUGUCUACGACUGUUGCAUAACAUUUUUAAAUUCUCGCUUAUAUUGUUACAAAAAAUAAACGACCUGUAAAAAUAAUCGAAUCUUGUAAAAUUAACGUUUGAAAUGACGUGCAGUUAGUGCAGUUAAUUUUCUAAUACAAUCGUAGGCAAAUUUUUUAUUAUAAAAAAACACUCGUAGUAAAUAAAAACACCUCUCUUAAGCUCUCUCUAGUUGUUUCAUACCCUUCGCCUAAAAUUUCCCUUGCUUUCAAAAAAUUAACAUAAUUUCUCAUAUCUACAGUUGGUGCAAAACAAAUAUCAACGUACGUCGUCUAUAAUUUACUACGUCACAAGUAGGCAGUGUUGCCGAACUUUUAUAGAGUUAAAAAAUCCUAAGAAUUUUCAAAAAUUGUCAAAUGUAAAAAAUUUUGUUUACAUUUGAUCUCAUUUGAUCUCACAACAUUUACUAUCAUCCCUUGUUAAUAUUAAAUAAAAUUCUGCACCUAUUAAGCUUAAUAUAUUUUGUGUAUUUAUUUUUAAAAGUUGGUUACAAUGCUUGACAAUUUGAGACAAGUAUAACGACAGUAGUGACGUGCUUUGAUAUUUGUUUUGCACCAACAAUAGGUACAAAAUAUUAAAAAGAAAAUUAAACAAAUUAUCUACCACAUAUAACAAUUUAAUAACUCACGGUUAUUAAUUAAUAAAUCUCACACAUUUGAAACAUAUAAUUAACCAGAAUUAACCAGCAUAUUGCCUCAAAAUUUUGUUCCACUCUUUGGGAAAAUUGACCUGCAUGUACCCGAGCACCUUCCUGAUUUGCCUUUGCUCCUGCUCCGUGCAUUGCGAGCAGGAGCCCUGCAGCACUAACGGGGCCAAGCCUGCAGAGAAAAUAAUUAUAAAUAUAAGCUCCAUUUAAUGAUAUUUUAAACGUACUUUUUAAUCUUCUACCGACUGGAUCGCAGGGUCCUUCUCCUAAGGCGCAUUUUAGUUGCCUCAUUAGAUACCGUUUGUCUUUUAAUGUCGCCUCUAAAGCCUCAUCCGAUACGGAACUCUUUUCUGUGGAGGAUUUUUGAGUUACCUCACUCGUUGCUAGAACAAUAGUAGCAACGAAGAAGAUCACAAUUAUUCCCUGCAAUCGUAA